UUUGUUUAGGACGGGAACCAGUACAAUUUCAAAUGCAUGAAUGCUACCUGUCUGAAAAGAAAUGGCAUGUUUAUGACAAUGGAGAGCUAUAAACAAUGCCCGCCAUUUAAUCCAGAUGACUGUGUGCCUGGAACAGUGCAAUUUGACAAAGAUGGAUGCUGCCAGAUCUGUGAAACCAGCAACUGUGUUCGUGUGAAGAACAUCACCCGUCUGCAUGUCAAGGACUGCAUUUCCAUCGAAGAUGUAGAAGUUGCAUCCUGCACUGGCCACUGUGAUGACGGUUCAAGGUAUUCGAUGGAAAAGAACACCAUGAUGCACAACUGUUCUUGCUGCCAGGAGGAUAAAUUCAGCCUUCAGCAGGUGAUACUGCAGUGUGCCAAUAGCAGCAAGAUCCCUCAUGACUACAUUUACGUUGAGAGCUGCAAAUGCACUCCUACCAAGUGUGAAGAAUAUACUGAAAAAAAGACCCCUGAACAAUUUAAGGAACAUUACUUGAAAAAUCAGGAGUUGGAAGAAAUUAUGGCACGUUUAGGUGAAAGAGACCAUAGACGAGAUCGUGACGACUACUAUUUACAGAAAAAAGGUUAUAAGGGAUGGCACUAAAAUGAUCAACACAUCUGUUAAAACCCAACAAAAAACCCAAAUUAAUAACAAACUGACAAGAAAUAUUAUUAUUUAGACAAUUUAUACAGUAUAUAUCAAAUUUCAAGUAUCACAUAGGGAGAUGCGGGAAUGUCAGUUUAUGGUUUCUCACUGUUAAUUAUAGGUGUCUUGUUAGAUCCAGUACAGUUUUUUUUUUUUUUCAUAUAUACUGUAGUAAGGGAACAUGCCAUUAACCAAUUACCAGGUUUUACCAUGUCAUUUUUGUAUUUUUUUACUUCAAAAAUACACCAUAGAACAUCUGUGUAUUAAGAUCUGUUGAUCUAAGAAAUCAAAAAUGUUAAAAUAUAUAACCGAAAGUGAUGUUGAUUU